AUGUCCCGUACGCCUGUCCAUCCCACUACCGUACACUCUGAAGUACAGGGCCUUUUAGAUCGAAUUUUCCAAUCGACUGGACCGUCUGAGUUCAAGCUUCCCUCAUCGCCUUCCUUGACUGCCCGUGGCCCGACGCCCGCUACUCGCUCGGUCGCUACAAUGGUGGCAGCGGGCACCCCACCCGCCCCUCCCUCCGAUGUCUCAGUUACCCUCGAACCACUCCCUAACCCCACGGUCGAGUACGCGUAUUACCUAGGCCCCAGCCCCUUACUAGCCCCUGAGCCGUACGUUCCAGAGAGCAACAUACGCGACUGGCUACGAGACCUAGAUCUCUUUUUAGUCACGGUCCCCAUUAAGCAACGCACAUGCUAUCUGAUACGUUUCCUUUCAACCCCCACCCGUAAGCGUGCUUUCGACGCGGGAAUCGACCACACAACUCCGUUCGGCGUAGCGCGUAGUAUCGUUUUGCAGCUCUUCCACACACCGUCCUCUACAGGAAUGGCAGCUGAACGAUUCGCCACUCUAAAAAGGCACGUGACCGGUCUGUCGAUGACUUCGCCAACCAGCUGUCCCACCUCGCCCUAUCGGUGUUCCCCAACCUCCCCGCACCCGACCGUGACGCCCUUAUCUUGCACCGUUUUAUAACUGGCCUCAGCGAUCCUGGCUCUACAGAUAUCCUUCUUCUCCCCCCUCCCAGUUUAACCGCUGUGAUACAGCAGUGCCGAUUAUACACGGCUUACCACCAAGAACGCAGACCCCACCCAGUGCCCCUUACCGUUACACCUCGCUCAGAGUCCCGUCCACCCAACCGGAAGGCACACCUUACCGUACGGUUCCCACAUCAUAAUCCGGGCUGUGAAUACUGCGCGACAUUUGGCCCAGAUGCCCGCCACUGCGGCCACAAUCCCCCCCCCCGUCAGUCGUCUCCCCAUGACUUUAUUGCCUUUUCUGAUCCAUCUUGCAACCACACGUUAACAGUUAAUGUUUUACUCAACAACCACUCGUUACCUGCCCUAGUUGACACUGGUGAUAAUGCCUCCCUUAUCAAUGUUCAUAAUUUACCUCAAGAGUACCUUAGACUCAUAAAACCGUCACCGAAAACCCGCAAUUUACGAGCCGCUAAAGGGACUAGUAUUCCUAUUUCCGGUAGUAUCACCCUCCGGUUCGUCGUCAACGACUCUACACUGACUUAUCAUUUCCUAGUGACUCCUGCUAUCCCUUGGCCCAUCGUUCUAGGACUUGACUUCCUCACAGAUAACGAUUGCACUAUUUAUACCCGGCGUAGACGCCUAGUGAUAGACUCCUCCACCUCCCCGACUGUAACACCAAUCCCGUCAGACGAUCUCGACCUCGCAUAUAACGCCGUCCUCUCAGCUGCCGCCCUAGAGCCUACUCGUUUGAACGACGUCAUACCUACCCUUUCAACAGUCGGCCCCGUCGCACAUAAGCAACUAAGUGGCCUACUCGCUUCGUUUUCCGACCUGUUCUCUUGGUCCACAGACACCCUCGGCCGUACACGACUGGUACAACAUAUCAUCGACACUGGUGACGCCAAACCCCUCUGGCAACCCCACCGGCGUAUCCCUGUUCGUUACCGUGAUGGAGUCAACAAACUUCUAGACGAGCUGAUACGAACCAAAAUUAUCCAACCAUCCUCCUCCCCUUUGGCUUCGCCCAUUGUGUUAUUUUCCAAGAAGGAUGGUUCCCUACGCCUGUGUGUUGACUACCGCCAUUUAAAUGCAGUGACGGUGAGAGAUUCAUUUCCGUUGCCGAGGUUAGACGAUACAGUAGAUGCGCUAGGCCAGACUGCUUGGUUCUCAACCCUCGAUCUCAAGUACUGGCAAGUGGAAAUCCACCCCAACGACCGUCACAAGACGACCUUCACCGUCCCCCAGGGUUUAUUUGAGUUCCAAACGCUCCCUUUCGGGCUAUGCAACGCAGCAGCCACCUUCCAACAGUUAAUGUACCUUGUACUCCGCCACCUCAUCCCCUAUAAAUGUCUCGUCUAUCUCGACGACAUCAUCGUAUUUGGGCGUUCCGCAGAAGAGCACAAUUCAAACUUACGGGAGGUUUUGGAGGCGCUCCAGGAAGCUGGCCUUACCCUCAACCCCACCAACUAUCUUUUCCUCCGUUCCGGGGUUCAGUUUCUUGACCACCUUAUUUCCCCCGGUCGUAUCUCCCCACUACCAGACCGGAUAAACACAUACGUACGUGGCCGACCCCGACGAACCAAACGGAGCUGCGAAGUUUCCUAGGCCUCGCGUCGUACUACCGACGUUUCAUCUGGGAUUUUGUUCAGAUCGCCGCCCCCCUGCACAAGCUAACCGAGAAAGGCCACCCUUAUACAUGGUCCGCCGACUGCGACACCGCAUUCAACAACCUCCGUGCGCCAUUAUGCUCGACACCACUCCUAUCCCUUCCAAACGUUGACGACGACGCUCCCCCGUUCAGCCUAGAUACUGAUGCAAGUGGAUUCGCCAUGGGGGCCGUCUUGUCCCAAGUCGGUAAGGACGGCAUAAAACACCCUAUCUGUUUCGCCAGCAACACGCUGACCAAAACGCAGCGUAACUACUGCACCUUCAGGCGAGAACUGUUGGCGAUCAUUAUGUUCAUUCGCCAGUUUAAACAUCUCCAUGUCGGCCGACGGUUUAUUCUACGUACAGACCAUCGUGCCCUACAGUGGCUGCGCUCCAUCAAGGACCCGAUGGACCAACUAGCCCGUUGGCAGGAGUUUUUACUGGACUUCGACUUUAAGUGCCAGUUCCGCACGGGGCACAAACAGGGUAACGCGGAUGCACUGUCACGCCUUCCUAACACAACCAACCCGGUAGACGAACCUCACGACGCAGUCGUUAACGCUAUUAUGGUUGCCCAACCAACCUCUUACACCUGGUCCUCAGCCCAGAGCUCUGACCCCGAUACAGCAAUUAUUUAUUACCAUUUGGCCCGAGGGCUAUCCAAACCCACCGAACAAGCGAUGCUCGGAACGAGCCAAAACGCACGUUUGCUGUUAAACCAAUGGCCCCAUCUAGUCGUCCUACACGAUUUCUUUUUCUUCCGCGAUCCCUCAUCCCACCAUCUACGUCCAGUGGUUCCUGGCUGUUUAGUUGACACCGUACUAGCCGACCUACACUCCGAGUUUGGCCAUUCCGGCCAACGCCGGACAGAGCUAGCCGCCCGCACGCGCUUUUGGUGGCCGCAGUUGCGCACCUCCGUCACCCACUUCUGUCAAUCAUGUGCUACGUGUGCAUCCUUCAUAACGCCCCGCCCCGCCCCCCCCCGAGCCCCGAUCCAACCAAUGACCACCGGGUUCCCUGGUGAACGCGUCGGGCUUGACAUCAUCGGGCCGCUUCCCAUCUCCAUCCGCGGCUAUGAAUACGUCCUUGUCAUGGUGGACUAUUUCACCAUAUGGGUCGAGGCUACUCCCCUUCUCCGAUAG